AUGUCUCAGACACACCACAUAAUAUACUCGGUAUCAAAUCCCGAUCGAAGGUACUUUCGGAUCGACUUCGGAAAAAGAUCCGUCUUGAAUCCCAGUAUAAUCCCCCAUCCCGAGCUGCUUGACACCUGGAUCAUCACUGCACAGCUUUACAAGCCUACUGCUGUUCGAGAUGCCUCAGUCUGGUUCGCUGAACUUGUCUGCAACGCCGCAUUUUCGGACGACAAGCGAGUCUUGAGCUGUCUGGAGCCACCACUGCUAUUGCCCAUCCCAGCGACCUUUAGUGACGCCAACAAGUGUCUCGGCGAUCUUUCGUUCUUUAGUCUCAGCGUUGGACCUCAUGAUGCAAGGGUGUUCUACGGGCCCGAGAUUCCGUACACCAUUUACGGCUCCAAUUCGUUAUUUACAUGCUUCGGACAAUGGAUAUCCGACUUUCGAAUCUUGAUGGAUUGGGGAGUAGACACCAUCAAUCAGCACGAAUUCCGACAGUAUCGUGAACUUCAACGUCCAAUGCCAUGGAAUGCCGUUGAGAAGAAUUGGUUUAUCUUCUGGGACGAUUUGGGACAAAUGUUCCUCCACCAUGAAAUUACACCAGCGCGUGUAUUUUCGAAACUCGAGCUAGAUGGUUCUGUUGGACCAAACCUGGCGCUGACGAACUAUCUUUCUGACCAAGAAUGUCUCAAGAGAUUCUUGCCCGAGACGGGAAAAAUUCAUCAAGCGACAAACUCGCUAGCUAUCACUCUAUGUGCACGAUCUGACCAAUCUUGCCAACCUGAUGCGACCAAUACCUUUGUGCUCUUCAUCAUCCAACAAAAGACCGUACACGGUCUUCACCCCGUAUAUGAGCCCUAUGUGGUGCUGAUGCGGCGUUCGAUGCCAUUUGAGAUCUAUGCGGUUUCGUCCAAACCAAUCUGGAUCUUUGGUCGCAGCAUUCGAGCAGAGAAAUCAGAUGAAGAUCCUUCGGGAUUACUGGAAGAUACCUCCGAGAUGCUCUACAUGACUAGCAUCAGUUGGAAAAACCAUAGCCAAAAGUACCAUGGAUUCAUUGAUGAUACACUGUUCUUAGCUUUUGGCAGGGAGGAUUCACACGCCGGUGGUAUCGACGUCACGGCAGGGGACCUUCUAGCAGAGCUGGGUAUGUGCGCGGGAUUUUGA